AUUAUUUGUGUUGAUAUCAGUGUGUAUUUAUUCCUGCAGGUAAACAGACUCAAGCGUGAAGAUGGCAAAGAUCUGUGCUUUGGUGUUAAUGACACUUGUGUCACUGGGGUUCGCAGAAGAACAAAAAAUGGAAGAAGACCCAUUUAACUUUGACUACCACCAACUGCGAGUCGGAGGCCUGAUUCUUGCUGCUGUCCUCUGUCUCAUUGGCAUCACUAUCCUGUUCAGUGGCCACUGCAGGUGCAAGUUCAACCAGGACAAGAGAGCGAGGACAGGAAGCAAUGCUCAGCAGAUGCUUUCCGACCAAGACUGACACAGUAUGGAAGUCUCCCAUGGUGAUGGCCUCAGAUGACAUGUAGCUCGCUGUCUAACAGGUCGUUCCUGCGAAUGCUAGAUGUCGGCCAGAACACAGCCGACUUCCCGAACCUGCAACCAUCAGAUAACACGGAGGAGGAGCAGCGGGAUUUUACACAUCCAACGAGAGGCUUUUGUUUUACUGUUAGAGAGCAACAGAGAGUAGUCUGUGUAAGGCUGUGAGGUGUGAUGCUUUCUGCCUUGUAACUGAGCUACUGAUCUGCAGCCUGCAUCUUCACACAUCCACACACAAACUUUACACGCAAUGUGUCACUUUCAUUUCAAUUGACAGAACACGUGAUUUAGAAAUAAAAAGGCUAUGACACAAAUAAACUGUCAUUUGAAUCGGUUUGAUUAAGCUGAAAGUGACCUCAUACAACAGUUAACAGAAACUAUUUACCAAAAAAUUCCUUAAGUGUCCACAUGCUGAAGUUCUCUGCCGUCUGCUCUGUGUGUAAGGUCAAACAUUGAUGUAGAUAUUAGUCGCUUAUUGUGCCAAACCUAACGUUCUGUCAAUGCUUUCAUGUCACAUAUAUGAAAUCCACCUAUCAUGAGUGUUUAAAAUGUUGUUGAUUAAUCAUAAUUAGAAGUGAAUUCCCAUGUUUAGCUUUAUGGAGGAAAGUAGUGGAUUGUACUGUUCAGAAAUACAGAAAAACUCUGUCAUGUUUCUAUAAAAGAACCUUGAAACAAACAAA